UCCGCGGCGUGUGUCAGUGCAGCAGUUGUCACGACGCGAGUGGGUUUCCUGUAAGCGAAACGCAGCCGCAGACUCGUCCAGACAUGAAGACCUUGAGUUUAUCUACGGGGGCUUCUGGAGAUGGGCGGAGUCUGUCAUACACCUGCACCGCUCCAAAUCUGGAAAACAAGCUGCUCUCCCAAACGUCCACUUUACUCAAACCCCCAAAUAGUAGUAAUACUUUGUCAUCUCUGUCUCUCCUCUGCCCCUCUCUCCAGCCCUCCCUCCUCUCCUCCACCACCUCUAAACUCCUGUCUCAAACGUUCCCGUCCUCCUCCUCUCUUCUCUGUACCCAGAAUAAGCUGUUAAACACAGACUCUCCUCUCACAUCAGCCCCUCAGCCCUCAGUAGUGUCCACGGCUCUGCCUGGGAGCUCUCUGUUGAACAGGUUUGCACAUAGUGCAGUGAAGGAGACAGAUGGAGGGGCCCAGAGCAGAGACACACCCAGUCCCAUGUGCUGUGCUGGGGAAGACACCACUGUGCAUUACUCUGAGGAUGAAGCGGACAUGUCUGAAGAAGAGUCCUCCCUGUUUGUGGAGGAAGAAGAGAGCACGUCGGCUAUCUUUGAAUCCCCUGAUAUGGAGGAAGAGGAAGUGGCCCCAGAGGAGCGUAAAGUCAUAACACAGGAGUUUGAGGAGCUGAAGAGAGAUGAGAAGGACAGAGAGGAGAGGAUCAAGGACAACAAGUACCUUCUGCUGAACCUGGUGUGCUGUUCGUUGGUGAAUAAGUCCAAGUCUCCGGGUCAGGAGGACUGGAACAGCGAGGACUCGGUCUGGACUAAACUCAUUAACCUCAGCAAAGAAAUUUCAGAACAAGACCCUGAGUUUCUGCUAAAGGUGGCCGUUUACACUCGCCAGGAGCUGAACAUCAGGAUCACAGCUAACUUCCUGUUAGCUAUAGCGGCUAACCUCACCUCUACAAAGUGCCACUUCCGGCGGUAUUUCUGCGCCGCGGUUCAGCUCCCCUCAGACUGGCUUGAGGUGGUCAGGAUCUACAGCACUUGUUUCAGUCGCUCUCUGCCCAUGUGUCUGAAGAAGGGACUAACGGACAAAUUCAAACAGUUCAGUGAAUAUCAGCUCGCAAAAUACAACACUCGAAAACAUCGCUGUAAACACAACAAAAAGAGGUCCAACGCAAAGCAGAAUCCUUCGGAACGAGAGCUGACACGCUGGGCAAACCUGGUCAGAACAGAACCAGCUGUGAUCCGAAAACUUAUGAUGGGCAGUCCCAAAAAACAGGUGGUGGAUAAAAAACAGAGUGAGUUUAGUUUGAAGAAAAUGAUCAAAAGACUUCACAUUAAAGAACCAGCCGAAUAUGUGAUGGCCAUUUUGGGACGCAAGUACCCUUCUGAUGCGAAGAUGUUCACUCGCAGUGGGAUUAAAGGGACGUGGGACCGAGACAGAGCCGGGAAAAGGAUGAAACUUAAAGAACCAGAAACCUGGGAGCGCCUGCUGUGUCAGGAGGGAAACAAGGCCGCUACAUGGGAGAAACUCAUAGACAACAACUCUCUUCCUUUUAUGGCGAUGCUGAGAAACCUGAGAAACAUGAUCACGACCGGAAUAAGUGAAGCCCACCACAGACAGAUACUCGGCAAACUCACCAAUAAGAAAGCUGUGAUUCAGAGUCGUCAGUUUCCCAUUCGGUUCCUUGCAGCUUAUAAAGUCAUCUUGGAGCUGCAGACUUUAGCCACAGCUACAGCUGAGGCCGUUCCAUCGAGACAGAACAUCCUAAAAGAAGUCCUUAAGAAGAUUCCUAAAAGUAUGAGGUUUAAGAAUCAGGAGUGGGACAAGAGCCCAAAGAGCCGUCUGCGCUGUACUUUGUCUGUACCUCUGGUCUACAGACUCUACAAGACCAAGAGGGCCCAGCUGCUGUCUGCCGCCAGUAAGAAGACAUACUCUGUGGCGUUACUGCAACGUUACCGCAGCGCCCUGGAGAAGGCAGUUCAGAUCUCUGCUCGUUACAACAUCCCCCCUCUACCCGGGAAAACUGUGGUCCUCCUCAACCCAGACAUGCAUUACCCCUGCUCCCCCCAAGACUUUUGCCUCCCCCCAGACCCCAACGCGCUCCAGAGAGAGGAGGGAGAGGAGGAAGAGAUGAGAGCUCGAAGAAAGAGGCGUGGGAGAGAACAGACUCCAGACGAUUCACUCUCCCCAACUCUUUUGGAGAUGGGGGCGCUGUUGUCUCUGAUGAUCGGAAGCAGUGCAGAGGACUUCAGUUUGGUCCUUACCACCUUCGACGGAUGGAGACCAGUCAAACUGGAGUCGGAUGUCUUGCUCGAAAAUAUACGAGUCAUCACCAACAGAGUCAAGCAACUGAAAGAUAUGCAUAUUCAUGAAGAAAGAGAAGAAGACAAGAAGAAGUCAGGAACCUUCAGUUUGUCAGAGCAAAACAGGGUGGAUAACAUCAUUGCAGUAAGCGACUCCUGGUUUAACAGUGACAUUGAAUGGGCCAUGAGCAAGUACAGGAAAGACAUCAACACCAAAGCCCUUCACAUUAAAAUACUCCUCAGCUCUAAUAAUGCUGAAUACAACACAGAUAGAAACUGUGUAUUACUGACAGGAUUCAGUGACCAAAUACUCAGGUUUGUAGCAGAGCGUGGUUCAUCCCGACUGUUGGAUCACGUGGAGCAUUUGGACAAAGUUUACAAUAUUCCACCACCAGAGGGCGCUAAAGAGGCUCUGAGGGACAGUACUGCAGUGUCCAUACCAUCCAGUCCCAGCAUGAGGUGGCGGGGCGUGCGUGUCUUCAUCUCCUCCACGUUCAGGGACAUGCACUCGGAGCGGGACCUCCUGGUUCGCUCGGUGUUCCCUGAGCUGAGGCGCAGGGCUGCUCCACACUGCCUCUACCUGCAGGAGGUGGAACUGCGCUGGGGCGUGACAGAGGAGGAGUCAGGCAGAACCGUAGAGCUCUGCCUGAACGAGGUGUGCCGCAGCCAGGUGAUGGUGCUGCUUCUGGGGGAGAGGUACGGACUCACGCCCCCCAAACCUCAACUACCAGAGCUGCCACAGUACAGCUGGUUAUCGUCCGCCCCUGAAGGCCUCUCUGUCACAGAGAUGGAGAUUCGACAGUUUGAGGCUCUUUAUCCAAACGCUGCAGAGAGAAUGUUCUGCUACUUUAGAGACCCCAACAUCACCAAAUCGGUGCCUGUGGCCUGGAGAGGCGACUUCGCUCCUGAAUCCAGAGAAGCAGAAUCCAAAAUGGCCGCCCUGAAGGAUCGACUGAGGGAGAGUGCAGCCAGAGUCACUGAGGAUUAUCCAAGUGAAUGGGGAGGAGUUGUUGAUGGAAAACCGUAUUUGAAAAACCUGGAGUUUUUCCGUAAGACGGUCCUGGAGGAGUUAUGGACUGCUGUGAAGGAGCAGUUCAUUGAGCCUGCAGACGAGUCCACGGUGUUGUCUGAAGAGUCUGAACAGGAAGCGCAUCAGGAGCUUUUGUGUCGUCAGUUUUUCGGGCGAUCCAAACUUCUCUCCUCUGCUGUGACUCUGGUAGAACGGGCUCAGACCAAAGGAGGGCUGCUGGUGCUGGAGGGAGGGGCCGGAGAGGGGAAAACCGUCUUCAUGGCCGCAUUGGGACAUGCUCUGAAAACUACAAAGAUGAAGCCAAAGCAUGAGGUCAGUUCCUACUCUGCGGCAGCCAACAAAUCAGCUCGCUCCGUGGACAAAACAACACGUGAUGUCAUCUCCUACUCGACCUCCGCCAGCCAGUCAGCUUGCUCCGUGGAAAACCUGCUUCGAUUCCUCAUUAAAGGUUUGAGGAAAAGUAACGAAACUGAGGAUGAAAUGCCAUUGCCCCAAUCGUACGAGGAGCUGGUGACUCAGUUUCACUCAGUUUUAAGUCAGAUUCAGAAAAACUCUCCUUUGGUGAUUCUCGUGGAUGGAGUCGAUCUUCUUCAGGACGGCAGCGGUCACAUCAUCUCUGACUGGAUCCCACAGCACCUCCCACAGGGAGUGUGUCUGGUUCUUAGCGUCCCGACCUCCUCUUCACUCCUUCAGACUCUGGUGAAGAAAAAGGCCUCUCUGCUGUUCACUCUGGCUCCUCUCACCAUGGACGACCGCAAACAGAUCGUCCAGAAACGACUCGACACCUUUGGGAAGAAACUGAGCGACUCUGCCUUCAACAACCAGGUCCAGACUCUGAUCAUGAAGAAGGGAGCGGUGAGCCCUCUGUACCUGCACUUGGCCUGUGAAGACCUCAGGAACUUUGCUUCAUUUGAUAAAUUGAAGGACAGCCUGCAGAUGUUGCCUCAGUCUCUGCCUCAGUUGGUCCAGUUCAGUUUGGAUCGACUCUGCUCCGAGUUCAGAGGGAUCCAGGGGCUGCCCUGGGCUUUGGCUGCUCUCACCCUCAGCUCCAUUGGACUGAAGGAGAGAGAGCUGUAUGCUGUCCUGAACAUCUGUAAUGACCUUUAUACAACACAGGGGACGCUCUCCUGGGACAGUGCUCUGGACCUGAGCAGGAAACCCAGAGGAAGAGUCCCACUGGCCAAUUUCACUCGCAUAGUUCACAGUCUGCAUAGUCUGAUUGGCUCCUCAAACUGCUCUGACACAAAUGACCUUGUGGUUCUGUCCAACCCUGAAGUGAGACGAGCUUUUGAAGAGUUUUUCCUCCCGACAGAAACUGACCGCCGCAGAGCCAACCUCGUACUUGCUGCUCAUCUGUGGACCUCAGCUGAUCCGAUGGGGGCUGACACUUUCCUUCACUGUGAGGCCUCUGCUGUCAUGCAGCUCCCACACUGCCUGAUGCAGUGUAAUCAGAAGGACCCUUUAAAGUCCCUUCUCUCCAGUUACUACUUCAUCUUUGCCAACGUGCGCCAUGGACUUCUGCAUCACGUCCUCAAGAUCUACAACUCAUUCAACUCUUCAGAUGAGGUUGUGAUGGAUUGCCUGAUGUUUCUGGAACGUCACUCCUCUUUGCUCUCAUCUUGGCCGGCGCUUUUUGUUCAACAAGCUCUGAACGAGAAGCCUGAAUCCUCUGCACACAUCUGGGCCCAAAGCAUGAUGGGAAAAGGAGGAGUCCGGGCUGUGAAGUGGCUCAACAACACUGAAAGUAACCAGGACAUGGGUGCGCUGGUGUCUUCGUUCUCCUCUGAACUCUCCUGCUUGGUCCUGAGUCCUGAUGGACAGAUGAUGGUGGUGGGGACAGGACGUGGGAGUCUGCACUUCGUCCACACACAAACUGGACAGGAGGUGCGUUCUCUGGUGAGCAGCUGUGAUGGUGUCUCCAGUUGUGUUUUUGUAAAAGACGGACGUUUGGCUUCCACCUCCUUCGACGGGAAAAUAGAAAUGUGGGACGUGGAGAAUGGAUGCAGGACGGCUGUUGUUGAUGGACACAAGAAUGCUAUAACAGGAAGUGACCUCUCUACAGACAAGAAGCACCUUGCUACUGUGUCUCUGGACUCCAUGUUAAAAGUGUGGAGUGCCUCUAAAGGGGAGCAGGUGGCCUUUAUGCACAGCACCUGCCCCAUGAACUGCGUGACCUUUGACCCGGAAGGACACGCCCUCGCCGUCGGCUGUUGGAACGGCAACGUCACCGUGUGGAAUUGGCUCCAGAACACAACCAUCGCAUCCCUGGUUGGUCAUGGGCGCUCGGUGCACAGUGUGGCCUUCUCCUCCUCCUCUCUGCUCUGCUCGGGGUCAGUCUCUGGGGAGGUCCGGGUCUGGUCCGUGUUCAGUGCUUCGUGUGUGGGAUGUUUUCAGGCUCACACCGGCUCCACGGAAGCUCUGACCUUCAUCGACAACGGGAGGAAGCUGUUGACCGCUGGGGCUGACCACAUGAUCCAGCUCUGGUCUGGGGGACUUGGACGAUCAGUCAGUACUCUGAAAACUGAAAAGUUUCUUUGUGAGCCGCCUCAGAAGCGGAGGAAAGCGCCCGACACAGACCCUGCUUUGUGUGUGUCUGUGAGAGGAGACACUGCAGCUGUGGGAACCAAAGAAAGCAUCAAACUCUUCACUGUGGACUCAGGAGAAAAGAUCUGGACGUCUGAUGACCUCCCCUCCUCUGUCCACUGUUUACUCUGGGUCUCUGUUAACUUGGGUCUUGACCAGGAUCAGAACCAGGAUCAGAACCAGGAUCAGAACCAGGAUCAGAACCAGGAUCAGAACCCCAGGUCUAAGUCCGAGCUGCUGGUCUCAGGAGGACAGGACCGGCUAGUGCGGGUCUGGAGAGAAUGUGAUGAAGAACAGGGGCUGAUGGGAGGUCUGGAGGUGGCGGCUAUGUUGGAUUCUCACCAGGGUCCAGUGCUUGCUUUGGCUAAAAAUGACACUUACCUGGCAACUGCCUCAGAUGACUGCUCGGUGGCUCUGUGGCUGCUCUCCUCUCUCCUCUCCUCCGUCCCUCCUCACUCCAUCCUCAGAGCUCACAGCAGAGGGGUCACCUGCCUCUCCUUCAGUCCAGAGGGAGACCAGCUGCUGUCUGGAGGAAAGGACCAGGCUUUGAUAUUAUGGGAUGUGAGUUCGACUCCUGUUUUGUCGAAGUCUCUCUUUCACUGCCACAGAGACUGGAUCACCGGUUGUGCCUGGACUAAAGACUGUGUGGUGAGCUCCUCAAACGAUGGUCGACUUUGUUUUUGGGAUUUAGAAACUGGGAAAAGCAUCAAAGAAAUCUCCUGGAAGAAUCCCCUCACCUCCGUCUGCUGCCAGGGUCCGUAUGUGGUGGCGGGCUGCUCAGAGGGAGGACUCCAUGUUUGGAAGUGGGACUCUGCUGUAGAAAUAUGCCACAUCUCAGCUCAUAACCUGUCCAUCCACCACUGUGCUCUCAUCACUGAUGCCAAAGAGUCAAACCCAGAGGAUCUGACUGUGGUGACAGCUUCAGAAGAUGGAACAGCUAAAGUCUGGAAACCACUGCAGGUGGAGCACUGCAGCUCAUUCCUGGGUCACACUGGAACCAUUCGAGGAGUGGUCCCAAAGAUGGCGUCUGCUGAGCUGCUCACGGUGUCUGAGGAUGGCUCUGUGCGCUGCUGGGACUGGAACAUGGAAUCUCCUCCAUUCCGAAAAGGCACCGUCACUGCUCUGUGCUUCUAUCAGAGAAACGCACUGCUCAUCUCCGGGUUUGAGAGCGGUUUACUCGAGUUUUGGUUCAACAGUCGCCUGGUCGGACACAAGCAGGUUUCUAAAGGGCCAGUGACGGCUCUGUGCUCGAUGCCGGAUGGACUGGUUGCUGUGGGAUACAGAGAGCCUCGUGUGGAUGUGUUCAAACUGGUGUGGACCCAAAGCAGCUCUGUGAGCCUGGUGAAGGUGAAGUCUUAUGAUGUAGAAGAGUGUGUGAUCUGCCUGAACUUCUGCUGUUCACUUCUGGGCGUCUCUCAAAAUGGAUAUAUUCUAAAUGUGUGUUGUCGAGACAAGAAUGACCCCUGGUCAUCCAGGAUCACAUAUUGGCACACUAGCACACGUUUCUUGAGUUUGACUCCAAACGAUGAGAAAAGUGCCUGGUUGUUGGGAGAAGAGGAGGGAGCACUGAAACUGGGGAUUGUGUUCUCUCUGGGCCCAAAGUGUGAGCACACCCAGGCCUUUGAAAACCUGCAACUCUUUUCAGACAAAGGAGCCCUCAUCACUGCAGCCACUGUCCUCAAUGAUUUCAUCGUUUGUGGAGAUGUUAAGGGAAACAUGUGGUUUAAUCUUCCUCCAGACACUUCCUCCUGGAGCAACCGAAAACCAGCACACACUGACAGGAUUACGGUGCUGAGACUGACUAAAGACACCAUCAUCUCAGCUUCUCAUGACAAAUCGGUGAAAAUCUGGGACAGAGGAACCAAGAAACAGUUGGGGAUGUUCGUGUGUGGAGCUCCGGUUGUCCUUUUGGAGAUCGACCCUGAAGACCAAACUAAAUUUGUGUGUGGAGACCGUCUUGGAAACAUCUACUUCCUCUCGUGGACACAAUAAAGAUCUUAACCCUCUGCACAACAAUCACUAGUUUAAACACUACAAAAACAACUCUGAUUUAGUUAAACCUGCCUGAAUGAAUCGUGAGUAUAGGCGGUGUAUAUAAUGGAUAUUGAACGUUCCAAACAGGAAGUGGUGCCGUCAACUCUCUAGUUCACUUCCUAUUGAAAAAUGUAAUCGCAUUAACCCCUACUAGAUGAUCCUGUGGUUUUUAUUUCGCUUUUUCACUAGAGGUUUAUGGGAAAAAUGAAUGGAGAAUUUACUUGUGUGUGUAUACGGGACUGUUGUGGAACUAGAUCAUAGAGCUCAUCUUCCUACAUUUGAACAGAAAUGAAGAGCGACUGAAAGCUGUUAACUGUUUUGUUUACACUGUUCAUAAACGGAGUAACCCUGCUUCCUUAAGUAACUCCUUAAAUAAUUUGCACAACAAUAUGGAAAAUCAGAUAAGACUAAAACUAGAACACAACCUACAUGGCUCUUAGUGAGGGCCGAUGCAGUUUCUCUCCUCUCCUUCCCCUUAUCUUCCGUGCUUUGCUUCUUUGUCUUGUCUAGUCUAGUGUCUAGUAUCUUAUACCAAGAGACUCUCUCCACUCUACUCUCCAAAACUGAAUUAUUGACGUCCCCAAGUCAGGAAUGGUCACAGUCAAGGCCAGCUGGAGUCAACUCGGAGAUUACAAUAGACACAGAGAGUCUCCCCUGUACCCAACCCCUCGCAGAUUUGCACCCCCCGCCUGGUGAGCGGGUCUGUUGUAUCCACCACCAAUGGCUGCGGGAUCCAGAUGGCUGCUUACCUACGUUGGGUUAACUCCACACCCCUACCCUACCCAGUUGUGGAAAUGUUUGUAUUGUGUUUUGACUGUGCUGAUAUCGAGGAGGUGCUGUUUUCUUGUGUACUCAUAGCACACGAUAGGAGCAUGGUCUGGGGGCACUUCUUUUUUUUUCUCCUCACCCUAUUCUCAUGUUAUGCUGCAUGGUUUAUUCCUGUUUGCUCCCUGUCUUCCAGUCUGGUCCAUGUCUAGUCUCCCCGUGUGAUACUGUACUGUGUUUCACCUCAGAUGAGGUGACAGAUCAGAAAUGAAGCUUUUCUGAAUGUCUUUAGAAUGAUCUUGAGCUGGAUCAGACCAAGUAUAAGAGCACAUAGACUAGUAUACACACGAAGCACUAUGGGACCUACCUGGACCACAAAAGGAUUACACACAUAGACUACAUGGAAAAGAUAGUACUUCCUUUUCUAAUUUAAUGUUGAAAAUCACAUUCUAUUGUCUAAAGAGAGUUUUUUUUUUUUUUAUUAUAAUUGUGGUAUCAGAAGUUAAGCAGUGCACUAGUCUACAUAUCAAGUAACUUUACCAAAGAAACACCGUGUAUUCUUAUAUACUGCGUUAUUUUAAGUAGUUCUCGUUAGAAAAUAACAAGUGCCUUUAGUUAAUAUUGCACCUGUAGCAAAUCGUGAAAAGGGAUUUUUAAUGAAAUACCAAUGAAAUUUUAAUAAUCUUGUUUGCAAAAAUGGAUAAGUAAUGAUGCCCCUUCUGUCCAAAUGUGGAAUAAUUUAAUGUCUGAGAUGAUGACUGGUUAAGAUGCUGUCUCAAUGGCAAAUAUAAUCAUUUAAAAAAAAUUGAAAAUUGCUCUGAACUGUUUGAAACUCUUUUUGUUUGUAUAAUUUUUAAAAAUGCAAAAUAAAAAUAAUAUAUAAAAAAGA